GGAAGUGACAAGGGCAGGGGAGAAGCAAAAACCUUACCAUCUUGCUGUGUUUUUCUGAGAAUAAGCCCUAAACUCUGAUACCCAUGGAUGCUGCAGAAUUCCGCAAGAGAGGGAAGGAGAUGGUGGACUAUGUUGCGGAUUACCUGGAGAAGAUAGAGAAACGACAGGUAUUCCCAGACGUGGAACCAGGAUACCUACGGCCCCUCAUUGCAGAUUGUGCACCCCAGGAUCCUGAGAGCUUUGAGGAUGUCUUCAAAGACAUCGAGAAGAUCAUUAUGCCAGGGGUGACUCACUGGCACAGUCCGUACUUUUUUGCCUACUUCCCUGCAGGCUCUUCCUUCCCAGCUCUUCUUGCAGAUAUGUUGUGUGGUGGAAUAGGAUGUGUGGGCUUCUCUUGGGCUGCAAGUCCAGCUUGCACAGAGCUGGAGACUGUCAUGCUGGAUUGGCUAGGGAAAAUGGUUAAUUUGCCUGAAGAGUUUUUAGCUGGGAAGGAUGGCCAAGGUGGAGGAGUCAUUCAGGGAAGUGCAAGCGAGGCCACCCUGAUUGCACUGCUUGCUGCAAGGACAAAGACUAUCAGACAGGUGCAGUCAGAGAAGCCUGAGCUAACAGAAGCAGAGAUCAUGGGCAGGCUGGUGGCUUACGCUUCUGAUCAGGCUCAUUCAUCUGUGGAAAGGGCUGCACUAAUUGGUGCUGUGAAGAUUAAAAGCGUUCCUUCAGAUGAAACAUUUAGUGUUUGUGGUUCAGCUCUGAAGAAAGUUCUGGAUGAAGACAAAGCUGCUGGUCUUAUACCGUUCUUUUUCUGUGCAACACUUGGAACCACCCCUUGCUGCUCCUUUGACAAACUGUUAGAACUGGGUCCUAUAUGUAAUAAGGAAAAUAUCUGGAUGCAUAUUGAUGCAGCCUAUGCAGGAAGUGCUUUCAUCUGCCCUGAAUUCAGGCAUCUUUUAAAUGGAGUGGAGUUUGCAGAUUCAUUUAACUUUAAUCCUCACAAAUGGCUCCUAGUGAAUUUUGACUGCUCUGCAAUGUGGGUGAAAAAAAGAUCAGAUUUAAUAGGUGCCUUUAAAUUAGAACCUCUUUACCUGCAGCAUCACCAUCAGGAAUCUGGUCUUGUAACAGAUUAUCGGCACUGGCAAAUCCCCCUGGGCAGGAGGUUCCGCUCCCUGAAGCUCUGGUUCGUGCUGAGGAUGUACGGGGUCAAGGGAUUGCAGGAGCACAUCCGCAAGCACAUCAGACUGUCGCAUCAAUUUGAACACUUAGUCCUUCAGGAUGAAAGGUUUGAGAUCUGUGCUGAGGUUGUCUUGGGACUGGUCUGCUUCCGGCUGAAGGGCUCAAAUGAGCUAAACGAGGCACUUCUUAAAAACAUAAAUGAUGCCAAGAAGAUCCAUCUGGUCCCAUGCCACCUGCGAGAGAAGUUUGUGCUACGUUUUGCUAUUUGUUCCCGCACUGUGGAAUCCACCCACAUCAAGUUUGCCUGGCAGCACAUCUCACAGCUGGCAACUGAUCUUCUGAAAACGUGGGGGCAAAACCACCACCAGCAGUAGCAGAAGUGAAAUAUAACUGGAGAUGAGGUUACCAUAUGUGAUGAGUAGUCCUCACAUUGAAGUUGCCUUACGACAGCAGUCUGAACCUUGAGAUGUAUAAAUCUGAAUUGCUGAAAAGACAGAAGCAAACUAGAAAUAAAACCAAGAAUCCUGAAGACCAUGGUGGUUUAUGGGAGCAGGUUAAAUAACCAUCAAUGGAUAAUAUCUAUAUAGCAUAUGUAGGGUUUAUGUGUUCUAAAUGGAAAAAUAAUCAGAAGUCUAAUGCUCUAAUUAUUUGUGAGCUGUUGACUCCCUUUAAAAUCCAUAUCCAAAACCUACUGAACAGACAUAUAGGUUUUAAUUGGCAAUAUUAAUAAACAGAAACA